GCGAACGCAGGAUCCCGGUGCGGCCAGCGCUGGGAGUUGUAGUUCCCUUCUCUCCGCCCUGCCCCCGGAGCUGCCCGCGGGGCUGCGGCUUUCUGCCUGCCCGGUGCGAGAGGGAAAGGACCGGGCACGGCUCCGGAGUGAGCUGGAAACAAAGAUGGAUAAGAUACUGGAAGCUGUGGUGAUGUCCUCAUACCCCAACAAUGUGAAACAAGGGCUUGUGAGGCGUGUCAUUGAGGCAUCAAAGCAGCCCAUGGACAGUGAGCAAUGCUGGUCCAUGCUGGAGCUGUGCACCAAGCUUUAUCUUGUGGGGGACACAAAAUAUAAAAGAGAGAUUGGGAAAGAGGUUUUGGAGGUCUAUGGCCACUACCAUCCAGAGGAAUUUGAGGAGUUCUUCAAUGUCCGCUUUCUACUGAGUCUCCUCCAGGAAGGCUAUGGGCCUCUGGGGAAGAGAAGCCAUUAUGUACUUGAUUAUAUCCAAUUAGGACUGCAGUUUGUCUUGGAAAGUCCAUCAGCAAACAGCAUUUUCAGCUUACUGAGGAUCGAGGUGCUCCGGAAAGUCUGUGAGAGGCCCAGCCCCAAGCAGUGUGCAAAGAUCAGCAAACUCUUAACGCAACAUCCUCAAUGCAUCCCCACAGGCAAACACCAGGUCCUGUUUUGUCAGCAGCUGAUACGGUGCAUUGGGCAGUUUCAGUGCGUCUCUGAGGGGGAAGAUGACAUCAUGGAGUUUUUGGAGCAGGUGAACAAGGUGAGCGGUCUGCUGCAGAGGAUCUGGAGGACUCAGACCUCGGCCAUCCUGCCCUCGCUGAAGGAGCUGUUCACUAUCAUUUCUUCAACAGAGGAGCAGGAGGUGCCAUCCAAUGCCUUAGCCAGCGUGGUCCAAUUUGUCCCUCUGGAGCUCAUGGAUGGUGUCAUAAGAAACCUAACCAAUGAUGACAGCAUCACUGAUGUGCAAAUGAUGAUGGCCAUUGGCAGGAUGAUCGACUGGGUGUCAUGGCCCCUGGGAAAGAACAUAGACAAGUGGAUCAUUGCUCUGCUGAAGGGUUUGGCUGCAGUGAAAAAGUUCAGCAUCUUGAUUGAAGUUACUCUUUCAAAAAUUGAAAAGGUCUUCUCCAAGCUGCUGUACCCCAUUGUGAGAGAGGGGGCUUUGUCUGUCCUACAGUACAUGCUCUUGAGCUUCCAGCAUUCCCAUGAAGCAUUUCACUUGCUGCUCCCUCACAUCCCCAGGCUGGUGACCUCACUGAAGAAGGAGGACUCCAACUCUGCCACCAGCUCCCUGGAGCAGCUGGCUGAGCUCAUCCACUGCAUGUUCUUCCGCUUCUCAGGAUAUCCAGAUCUCUAUGAACCAGUGUUGGAAGCUAUAAAACGACCUGCCAUCUCACCUGAGAGCUUCCUCUCUGCCUCCUGGCCACCCUGGUUUACCCCUGGUGCUCAGCAGGACUGCUCGGAGUAUCUCAAGUACCUCCUAGAUCGGUAUGUGGCAAGCACUCCAAUUUUGGAGCUCAGACAUGUUACAGAUAAAAUAAAAGACAAAAGAAAAGCAGCUGAUGUCACCUACCUGGACUUUUGCAAAGCAUUUGACACUGUCCUGCGUGACAUCAUGGUCACCAAGUUGGAGAAAAAUGGAUCUGAAGGACGGACCGCUCGCUGGAUAAGGAGUUGGCUGGAUGGCCCCACUCAGAGAGUAGCAGUCAGCUGCUCAAAGUCCAUGUGGAGACCGGUGAUGAGUGGUGUUCCUCAGGAAUUGGUGCUGGGACCAUCGUUGUUUAACAUCUUUGUAGACAACGUGGGCAGUGGGGCGGAGUGCACCCUCAGCAAGUUUGCAGACAACACCAAGCCGAGUGGUGUAGCUGACACGCUAGAGGAAAGGGAUGCUCUCCAAAGGGAGCUGGACAGGCUUGAGAGGUGGGUCCAUGCCAACCUCGUGGAGCUCAGCAAGGCCAAGUGCAAGGUCCUGUACCUGGCCAUUGUAUCAGCAUUGCUUAUUUUGUUUCACAGCUGA